AUGGAAGCAUCCCCUUUGACUCAGCAAAGUAGACCAGAGGUAUUUCAGCCGAAAAUAGUCAAACUGUAUGAAGCGCUCUUUCAGAUAGACGAGAAUGUCGAGCCAAGCGAAGGCUUCUGGAGGGAGUUCUAUUUGCUUCCUCCUGACAGAGCACACUUGCGCCGUCUCUUAGAUGGACUUUCGCCAGAUGAUACAUUAUUACUGCAGACAGUCACUCAGCGACUAUUUUCACGCUCUAUACGCGAAGCCGCAUCCGGACUAUCUCCAAAUGACGCUCACGCACUUGAGACCCUCACUAUAUUCCUAGGAAGCAUUUUGGUCAAAAAGUACACCAAUCCUAGCUCCGAUAUUAUCACCGUUCUCGCCGGACUCGAUGAAGUGGACCAGGUCUUUACGGACUUUGUCGCCGUGCUCGACAAGAUCAUCCGUAGCGGCGGUCAACUGGACCUCCGUCUAAAAGCUAUCAGAACGACCAUCGCCAUGAUCAGCGGAGCAUACAAAACAAGCCUCGUCGCUUACUUCAUGCAACGGGAUUUCUUCCCUUCCAUAAUGAAAUUUGUACAUGAUUUGGACACCAACUUGCAAAUACUAGAGCCAUUCCUGCUCCUCGGUUUACUGGCAAACUACAAUAAGUUCGAGUUUCAGAACCCAUAUCAACAACGUCUCGAUGACUUUGUCAAUGAAAGCUCAAUCCAAAAGAUUGUCAAGGGUGUUGGCCUUUCCUGCGCCGGGCUCAGAAACUCAUAUGUUGCCAUCCAGGACGAUCUGCCAGAAGGCUGGACGAUGAGCAAUACUCUUGCUUUCUUUGGGUUGCGAGCUUUGGCGGGCGGAAAUAAAGAUAAAGCUACGACUUCGACUGCAGAAGAAGUCAAGGAGACUUUUGCUGCUCAGCCCGAAGCUGAAGCUGCCGUCCUCCUGGCUACAUACGACUUUGCCAACGCCAACAAACUCUUCGGAUACAAUCUGGUGACUUCCAUACCUGAAAAGCGGAACGAAGAGUCACCCUUUGCCAGUUUUCUCUCUUUGACAUCCUAUCUACUUCAACAUGCCUACCGCUCCGAGAGAGUUGCAACAUAUGCCGAACUCAACAUGUUUUCGCUUCGCAUAAUCGUUGAGGAUUCAGUGCUAUGUAAGCAGAUUUGCAGCGAUGACAACAAGCGUAGCGUUCGUCUAUGCAGACAGAGACAACCGCAUCUCCCUCUCGUCAACGGCGACCGAGUGCUAGCGACUGUCAUUUUCGAUAUGAUGAUCGAUACCAUCACACACAAUCUCCGGCGCCGAUUAGACACCAACCUUUACAGUCACACAAUCGCAAUACUCAUCCGACUCUUCACCUAUCUCUCAUCCAAUAAAACUCGCCUCGCUUAUCACUGGGCCGAAUUGUGGCGCACUCUGCUGUCUCUCAUGCGCUUCCUCACCACCUACUCCUCCGACCUCUCCUCAGCACCACACAUCGACGCCCUGACAAGCUCCCUCGUAGACUUGAUCGCAUUCACACUCUCCACGGGCGACACAUUCCUGCCAGAUCCAGCCUCAUACGACGACCUAUUCUACAAAAUUGUCGAAGCAGGUCCCAUCAUCGCUCGGUUCCGGGACGUAUACAAUCUCUCGACGACUACCCCGUCUACCUCAUCACUACAACAGCAGCAACAAGGAGCGUCAAUUAAUACGUUACUGACUGUAUCAACGCAUUUCCUCUCCCUGCUUUUUCAGACGGAUAAGCCCGCCAGCACCACUACGACGGAGUCCAGUGAAGUCGCGGCAGCAACAGCACGGAAAAAGAAUCUGGGACCGAGGGAGGUUCAUCAGAUCAUAAAACAGGGCUAUGAUACGCUCAGUAUCCAGCCGCAGGAAGGGUUGAGUACGUGGGAGAAGUGGCGGGAGGCAGAUAGGAAGCUUGAGUUGAAGAAGGCUGCGCGAUGUGCGGUUGAGGAUGCGAGGAGGCUUGUUCUUUGA